AUGUCCAACUUAAUCCAUAAAAAAUAUCUCAAUUUAGGCACCACAUUGAUUUUCACCGGAAUCUACAACAUCAUCACCGGCCUAAUAUACGGCGUUCCGAUGCCGGUCCAGCCGAUGAAAUCUAUUGCCGCCGCUGCCCUGGCCGAUCCCGAAUUCGGCGUGGCAGAGAUCAUGGCGGCCGGAAUCUUGACCGGCGGGAUUCUGUUUUUUCUGGGUGCGACAGGGCUGAUGCAAUUGGUUUAUAAAUUCAUUCCGUUGCCGGUUGUGAGAGGAAUUCAAUUGGCUCAAGGCUUGUCUUUUGCUCUCACGGCUGUUAAAUAUGUCCGUUAUGAUCAAAAUAUGGCGAAAUCCAAAUCUCUUGACGGUCGUGGGUGGCUUGGAUUUGACGGAUUGAUUCCGGCCAUUGUUUGUGCUUGUUUUGUAAUCAUCGUCAACGGCGCCGGAGAAGAAGAGCACUGUGAAGAACCACCGGCGGAGGGAAGUAAACGAGAGAAGGUGAGGAGGAUCGUAACAAAACUUCCAUCGGCGUUUAUAAUUUUCUUGAUCGGCGCCGCUUCUCUGUUCAUUCGAACGCCGGAAGUGGUGAACGGCGUUAGAUUUGGGCCGUCGCCGAUGAGUGUCGUGAAGAUUACACAGAGCCAAUGGAAAAAGGGGUUUAUAAAGGGUACAAUUCCUCAGCUUCCUCUGUCCAUUUUAAAUUCUGUGAUCGCCGUUUGUAAGCUCUCCAUGGACCUUUUUCCCGGGAGGGUUUUCACCGUCACGUCUCUGUCGAUGACGGUGGGGCUUAUGAACAUGAUUGGUUGUUGGUUCGGCGGCGUUCCGACCUGCCACGGUGCUGGUGGGCUUGCUGGUCAGUACAAGUUCGGCGGCAGGAGCGGCGCGUGCGUUGCCUUGCUCGGCGCCGCAAAGUUGCUGCUUGGCUUGGUUCUCGGAAGCUCUAUUGCAAAGAUUUUAAACCAAUUUCCGGUAGCAAUUUUGGGAGUUCUACUACUAUUUGCUGGAGUGGAGUUGGCGAUGGCAGCAAGAGACAUGAACAGUAAAGAGCAGGCGUUUGUGGUACUGAUAUGCACUGGUGUCUCAUUAGUGGGCUCUAGCGCUGCACUAGGGUUCUUGUGUGGCAUGGUGGUGCACGUCCUCCUAUGGCUUAGGAAAUGGGGCAGAAGAGAUCACCAUUAAGUUUUACAUUGUAUUUGAUCGUCGAUAAAUAUGAUAGAAUUUGAUGUUUUGAAUUAAUGUUUGAAGUUCAUCUCUUCGAGGUGGUCGAGAUGAAUUAGAUUGCUCUCUAAAUAUGAUGGUUUAGCUUGAC